UUUGCGUUUCACCUCCCAGGGAGCAGAGGAACAUCAAACUCUCCUGAUGGCAAAGCAAAGCGAGUUGGCCCAACUACAGGGGGAGCACCACGCCAAGGUGCUCGAAGCCCAAAAGCUGCAGCGCUCCUUGGACAGAAAGGAGCAGGAAUUGGCUGACUUGCAGCAGGCCAAGGAUCAGCUGGAGGUGGAGCUAGAAGACAUGCAACAGCAGAAGAAAAAGGGAGACAAAGCCCUAAACGAUCUGAACAAUCAACUGAAAAAGCUGAGUGGUGAGAUGGGGGAGAGGGAAGGUUCACUGGAGCAACAAUACCAGGAGCUGUUGGACCAAACCAAAAGAAAGGUGCAGGCCCAUGAAGUCACCAUCCAGAGGCUCACUUCUACGCUGGCUGAUAAAGAGCAGCAACUCCAGGAGUACAUGAACAUAGUGAGAGACAUUGAGGAGAGCAAGAGCCCAGCAGGAAACAACAGUGUGCUCGCCAAGCUGCGCCAAAGGCUGAAGGAAAAGGAGAAAGCACUCGAGCAAGCGCUGGAUGAGAGGUUUGCAGCCAUUGAGGAGAAGGACAACGAAAUACACCAGCUGCAGCUGUCGCUCCGGGAGAAGGAGAGAGAUUUGGAGAGGCUCAAUAACCUGCUUUCGCACAAUGAGGAAACCAUUAAUAGUUUUGAUAGCCUGAUUAAGGAGAAGGAUGUGGAACUUCAGCAUCUUGCAAACACACUGAAGAACCUGCAGAGAGCCAAGCAAGACGUGGAAGACAACCUGAAUAGGUCGCUGAGGGAGAAAGACUCCAUCAUCAGCCAGCUGCAGCUCUCCCUCAGCGGGAAGACUAAAGAUUUGGAGGAAAUGGCGGAAUCCAUGUUGAGCCAGUCCCAAAGUCAAGCACGCGACUAUGCAGAGCAGAUGGGCCAGAGGUUAAAGGUCACAGAGGCUAUGCUGGCUGAGGCUGUGAAAGCCAGGGAAAGGCUCAUUGCCGACAAUGAGGGUGCUGUGGAAGGAUUGCUGGCCACCAUUAAGAGCAAGGACCAACUCCUUAAGGAGUCUGCAGAGCACUACAACCGCAUGCUCUCUGAGCGUUCGCAGGAGAUUCAGGAACUGAGUAAGCAGCUGUCCGACAGGCAGCAGCAGCUCUUAGCUGCUGAGAAGCAAAGCUCCACGGCGGCCCAGAAGGGCUCUUUGGAAACUGCAGAGCUGCGAGUCGUUCUGGCUGAAAAAGACAGCCUCAUUGAUAGGCUCUUGCAGCGUGGCCCGGAGAGGGACCAUUUGAUGGUGGAGCGAGACAAAGAACCGGAUCACGUCCUGGAACUCAGACAAACUAUCCAGAUCAUGCAGGAGAAGUUAGAGGAGCGUGAAGCUGAGCUGUCCAGGAGAAACAGUGAUGACAGUGUGGAGAACAUUCCACUCUCCAAAAAGACUGUCGUCAUCCUGAAGAAAGAGCUGGCACAGAAAACGGAGGCACUCACCAAAUCGCUAAAGAGGGAGAAUGAACUGAAGAUGUCUUUGGCAGAGCUUCAGUCAUUGCUGUCUGAGUUGGAGGUCCGCGGUGAAGGUCAGGCCGCCAACAUUGAGUCCCUGACGGCCACUCUGGAGACCAAAGAUGAGAUUAUCAAUGUUCUCCAGCAGCGUCUCUCUCAAAGAGGGGAGGCACAGGGCGAUCACUGCCAGGAUAGGGUCAUUGGCAGCAGCAUGGAUCGAUCGCCUAUUGGACUGCCUCAGCGGGAGAGAACCAUGAUUGGAGGAGACAGCCAGAAAGAGGUGCUGCCCAGCCUUGUUGCAUUGCAGCAGGAGCAUGAGGCUCUGAACAAGGCUUUGAGGACCGAGCAGCAGCUCUACUCCAGCCUAGUCAGAACCGUGAAAGAGCAGGACAGCGCCCAGCGUUUCCAUGCUUUGCAGCUGGAGCUGACAGCAGUUCAGCUCCUGAGGCAGCAGCUGGAGGACAGCAUCAAGACAAACGAGGAGCUCAGGGACGACCUGGAGCGAGAGCUAGACAAAGCAAAAGCCAGAGAAGGUCUGAGCGCAGUGGACCCCAAAGAACUGGAGAGUGUGCGGCAUCAGCUUGAAGAUGCCCAACGCUGGAAUGCCUCCUUGCAGGCCCGCUUGGGGGCCAUCCAGAACCGUGGAGGUGGAGUGGGCGGGGCAAACGACUGUGCUGACACGCUGAGUUUCAUCAGCGACCAGACCUCUUAUAUGAGUAUCUGCGUGGGGGAGGGGCAGGAUGACUGCUCACCUCAAGAGCUCAAACAGAAGGUCCUGGAGCUGGAGGACUACGUCAGCAGACUUCAUAUUUUAAACAGCCAGCUACAGAGCAGACUGGCAUCACUAGAGAAGGUCGACCAUAAUGAUGUCUUCAACAAGGAGGCCAGUGGUCGCCCCUGGAACCAGCAGCUACAGGGGACGAGGGACACGCCGCAGUUAGGUCACGCAACGCAGCGGUCUUGUCGAGACAGUUCAUGUCAGACGGACAUCAAACAGGGGAAGCCCCCAGGUGAUGAGAGUGUGGACAGCGGCCUUGGCCAGAGCAGAGAGCAUGCUCACUCUGCCAAUGCAGACACUAUUGAGACUAGCCAAGAUGGAGCAACCCUUAAAUCCCAGCUGACUGACUGUGACGCUGCAUCAUUCCUGCACCUAAAAGAGGAAGUGGUCAGGCUAACUGCUGCAAAUGUGCAACUGCAAGGCCUGCUGAAGGAGCAGAAGUCCACUGAGAGUAAAGAGAAGGAGAGCAGAGACGCUUCAGGGAACAGCAGCGACGAGCAGGUUGAAUUAAGACGGAGCAGAGAAAGUUUGCAACCUGCAGUUAAAGUCCAAGCUGAGGUCACCAGGCUGGCAAAGGAAGAUGAGAAGAUCGCCAUUCAUGGUGGCACCCCUGUCACCACAGAGGAAGCUAAUGAUCACAGCAAGAUUUCAAAGCACAGGGCCAGUACAAGAUCUCGCCUGCCCGUUCCAGUGAGACAGAGAACAGAAGCUUGGAGCAGCCCAAACUCAGAGAGAGGUUCUGAUUGUGUCAGAACAGAUGCGCUCCAACAUUUUCAUGGCGAAGCUGGCCAGCAACUGUUUGCAGACUCCACCACGUCGGCUCAGCAAAGCACCUGCCCCACAUCCUCCAACGGCCCCACUUGUGAGAACGGCUGUCCAGCCACACCCAUGCUGGAUAACACCCAGGCCAGCUCUGCUCUUUUUACCCAGCUGGAACUCCUUCACCAGGAGUGCCAGGAAAAAGAGUCCUUGAUCAGCAAGCUCAGCGAGCAGCUGGCCGAUUGGGAGGAGCUUCACACUCAGCUCCAGGAGAAGGACCGUCUCAAUUGCCAGUACUUGGAAGCUUUGCAAGCUGCAGAAUCCACCAUUGCGUAUCUGACUGCCUGUAGUCUGGACAGCCAGGGGGAGUGUGGACCACACAGCAGUACGGGCACAGGCUCCGGUUCUGUGGGAUCCGAUGCCAUCUUCUACAGCAGAUGUGUGGCCUUACAGAAAGAACUACAAGAGAAGGAGAAUCUCAACAACCACCUUACACAACUUUUGAACUUGGCAGAGAAACUCAUCGUGUCGUCAGACAGCCAGGAAAAGCAGUCCGAAAUCAGAGAUCUGUGUUUAAAGAUAGAGGCAGUGAAUGCCGCGUCACACAAGGACAGUCAGAGAGCGGUCUCUGGAGGAAGUGAGGGUUCUACGCACGACCUACAACCACAUUCACUGUCCUUGCAGGAAGUGCUCUGUGACCAGGGCAGACUGAAUGCUUCUCGUAAUUCUACACAAAUAGCAUCAGGAUCAUUCAAAGAAAAAGAGCUGAGAGAUCAGGAAGUGGCACGAGAAAGUUGUCAAAUUUUAAAUAAUGAAAUGACCAAAGUUCUUGCAAAAUGCCUUAGUUCGACAGAAUCUGUCAUCGCUUCUCUGGCAGCACACGGUACAAACACCAGCUCCUUGACCGCUGCUGACAUACAUGAGCAUUUGGACAACCUCCAGAAAGCUCUGCAAACGAGACAAGCACUAGAGCACCGGACCCAAACCACUCAACCAAGCAGCGCUGCAUCGGCACAACUCCACCCAGAGCUCCAUCGCAACCUGCAGCUUCUGUGUAAGGUCCUUACUGAUCACUCUCAGAGGAUCUGUGAGCUCCAGGCCUCCCUUCAGGAGGAGAGGGCCCAUGCAGCCUUGCCGGAUGCCAAGGGAUUACCGCCUAAUGUUCAGGUCCAACUGGAGACUCUCCACAAGGCACUGAGGGAGAAAAAAAAAGCCUACAAAAACUUGGAGGAGAAACUUGCCACAGCCCAAUCCGUGGUCACUAAGACACCGUCGCCUCAUACCGCAUGGAAAGCUCUGGAGAAGGAUGACAAAGGUGUGCAGGUGGAUUGGCAGGACCUGGGUUACGAAACAACAGGCAAGAGUGAGAACGAUAGGGAAGAGAGCAGUAGCACAGACCCAGAGGUGGCUGUGAAACCCGGUCUUCUCGAGCAGGCCCACUUUUCUUCAACUGAAAAUCUGGACUCCACCUCCAGCACUCCAUACCCAAGUUCCCCCACCAUGAGCUCGGCCAAGGCCAGUCUAAAGAGCCCGCAGGCCUACGAAGACUACAGCCUCUCAGAGGACCCGCUUCAGCUUCAAACGCAGGUGCGAGACCUGAAGGUCCAGCUGGAAAGUCAGACCAAAGUCAUCCUCCAAAUGCAAAGUCUCCUGCGGAGGAAUUCCUGUGACCCUGUGGCCAGCCCGUCUGACCAGUCACUGGAUCAGGACGGACCACAAGGCCGCAGCCACGACAGGAGACCCAGUCGGGAGCAGAUGCGAGAGAAAGAGGGUGAUGGAGAGAUGAACAGAGAAGCAGGGAGAACCCAAAGCAUGAAGGAGCAGCUGCAGCACACCCGCAGCCGAUCUACAUCACCUGCCAGCCUGGACUCGCUGGUGCAGUCACAGGCCAGGGAGCUGUCCCAGCUGAGACAGCAGAUCAAGGAGAGCCGCAGGCUGGGUGCCCUGCAGCGGCGGCAGAUGGGAGAGCUGAGCAGGGCCUUGCAGGAGAUGCUGCAGGCCAGCGAAAUGGACUGCUCCGUGGGGGAGGUUGUCAAAGGGCAGCUGGACAAGAGUCUGAGCAUCCUGGAGCGACUGGACAGAGGAGAGGCUCAUCCGCAUAAUGAAGACAUGGCCGCUCUGGAGCUUUCCCGCAGGUUGGCCACUGAGCUUCAGGAGAAGAACCGCCUCAUUCAGAGCCUGCAGAGUCAGGUCAGAGGUCACAGUCCCAGCAGCCACCACAGCUCCCACUCUGACCUGAACCCCUCGGACAGGACGGUGUCCUCCUGCCGUGGCAGCCCACCCACACAAGAUCAGUGGCGUGUCAGAGAUGCUUCUGGCCUGGAUGUCCUGGUAGGGGGAGGAGCCAAGGAGGGCGUGGGCGGCGAGCAGGAAACGGGAAGCAGACUGCUGGGGCUGCAGAGGGAGAACGGACGCUUGCAGGAGCAGCUGAGGAGCAGCGAGCAGCUCAACGCCACCCUGCGUAGCGAACUGGACCUGCACCACUCCAUCAUGGCCCACCAACAGGACCAGGAGCUGCACGAGGAGGCGGACUCACAAACAAAACCUUCGGCACAAGUGAGCGCCAUCAACGCAGACCUGCUGUCAGAACAUCUGCAGGAGAUUCGAGCGUUAAGACAGCGUCUGGAGGAGAGCAUCUCCACCAACGACCGCCUGAGGGAGCAGCUUGAGAAGAAGCUCGCCGAGGUGGAGAAAGACCCAGCAGCCACUAACAUCUUCAUCCAUGGGAACGAGGAGCAACAGCAGCUGGUCAAUGAGGUGCGCUUCCUUUGGGGUCAGAACCAAGCGCUGAAGGAGCAGCUCCACCUGGAGUGUAAAGACAAGCAGAAGGAGAGCGAGAGGCUGCAGGGAAACCUGGCGAGACGCACUGCCAAAUUGGAGCAGAGCAGGAAGGAGUGUGAGGUCUUCAGGCAGGAGAACCAGAGGCUCCAGGAUCAGCUGGAGCUCAGCGGCCGAGAGAACGCGCACCUGCAGGAGUCUCUGCACGCGAGCCAGGAGCUGCUGAGCAGCCUGCAGGGCCAGCUGAAGCUCCACAGACAGCAGCUGAGCGACUCGCAACACCUCCUGCAGUCACUGCGUGUGGAGGUGCAGGUCCACGAGAAGAUCAAGAGCAACGCAACACUACUGCCUCCUUCAGAACCAUCCAGUGGUGCGACUCUGGAGGCCCCACCCUCGGGCUCGUUGGACCUGGGGGAGCUGCUGUCGGAGAUCCGUCACCUGAGGCUUCAGCUGGAGCGGAGCAUCGAGGCCAACACGUUGCUCCGUGACAAGCUGGAGGAACAGUUCCAGCGAGGCGCCGCACGCUCUGACACCAUCAACAUCAACUACGUGAUGUCCUCUCAAGAUGAAGGCAGCAGGUCGCCAGGUCGUGAGGAGGAUGGCGCCGUCCUCCACGAAGCCGAUGGUCGCGUGCCCGCCGAUGUGGACGGAGGUAAUAGCAGCUCAGGUGAGAGCGCCACUAGCGCCCCGUCCCGCCUGGUGCCGGGCCACCGCGCGUGGGCCAACCCCAACGGGCGCCACAUCCUGGCCCUGGUGGAGGACUACAGAGCCCUGCGGAGGCACAUCUCAGACGGCCGCAAGCUGUCGCGCAGCAUGGACGCUCAGCUGCAGGAGUGUCGGAGCCACAAGAUGGUAGACGAUCAGAGCGUGAGAAAGUUAUCCGGCAGCGUGAGCACCAUGCAGCAGGUUCUGGAGGAGGCCGCCCGGCUGCUCAAGCUGGUGUGGAGGGUCUCUCUGCCAGCUGGUGCCACAGUGGGGGGCGCCGCCAACAACCAGCAGGAUGAGCUGCUGAAGAACGAGAUCGCUCGACUGAAGAGUCGGCUGUCGCAGCAGGAGAGGGUGCUCAACAGCGCCGUCAAACGCCUGCGAACCACCGAUCAGCUGAAAGAUGGCAUGGAGAGAGUCAUCUAUGACCAACUGUCGCUCACAUACGGAGUGUUGAAGAAGGCCCGGUCCAAUUUAGAGACAAAUCAGUGUUACCUGUUUGGCCCUAGAAGAGCAGCAGGAAGUACCUGUGAAUGGCCAGUAGAGGGCGGUGUUUAUCCCGGAAGACGUUCUGACUCAGAAGAGCAGUGAAGACUCUUCCUGCUGCUGUGAGCGUGUUCACCACCUUACCUGGCUGUCAAACUUUUUUUUUUGUACUUAAAUUGCACCAAAUCUGCUUUGAGUUUUAGGUACUGAAGUUGUAAGUUUUGUUUUAAAUGCCUUGUAUUUGUACAUAGUGUUUUUGUUUAUAAAUAUAUAUAUAUAUAUAUAUAUAUAUAUAUA